CAGAACAGUAUUUGAUAUGACAGAAGGGAAAACCAAAAAGCUUUUCCAGACCAGUGAAGUUUUUUACCUCUCUCUACAACCACGUGACCCAUCUCAAACCAGUCAGUGUACGGUGAAAUCCGAAAAUACAUUAAAUGUUUCUGUCCUCGUUCUCAGCAGCAACACUAAUCUACAGAUACGGUGUCAAGAAAAACUGCAAUAUUUAAAUGAUUCUAAGACAUUUUCAAAAAUAAGCUGUGUAAACGCCAAACAAAUGUCAUAUACUGUAUCCUCGGACGUUUUUACUAUGAUACAGAUUUUGGUACUACAAAGAGAUACUAUACACAUAAAUUGUGACAUAAGAUACGAUGAAAACACAUGCACUGCUCACCCACCACUAGGAUUCGAGCAAUUGAAGACCAUUUUGAUCUGUGUCGCAUGUGCCGCUGUUGUAUUAGCAGCGAUUGUUCUCAUCAUGUGUGUCAACUAUGUUUGCUGUCCGAUCUGGAAGAGAAAGUGUAGUGGUGUUGACCACAAUACUUAUGAUGUGUGUUACACAAAGCCAACCAUGGGGACAGAAGGUGCUCAAUUUGAAGAACACCCAUAUCAACAAGUGACAAAUGAACCUUCGAGAAUUCACGGCGUUUCACCAAUUAUCCAUAAAGUGACGUAAAGACGCUUUGCAAAAUUCUACUUGCAUAAGUAAUUUAAAUAUUUUUCACUGCGUUCAACAACGGUGCAAUUUAGUUUCAUAUUUAUUGACUUCUGUAUUUUAAUAUUUAGUAUUUACUAGCCGUCCCGGCCAGGCCCUGCUCUGGCCUCUGUGAAAAACCUAUCUGUAAAGGACCAUGACAUGUGUGUUUUGUAAUCAACAUAUAUCCGGCAUUGCCCACCUUAACCACAACCAACCAAAACCAAAACACCAAAAAAAGAACCGCGAACAUAACACAAACCAACACAACACCAACACAAACAUAAUCACAACACAAUCACAACACAAACAAAUCACAACACAAACAAAACACAACACAACACAAACAAAACACAACACAAAUCGGGACGGCUAGUAUCAUAUAAAAUUGUAUAUCUUCUUGUAGUUUGGUGCAGGUGUCUAUAAAAGAGCUUUCUGAAACCUAUCUGUAAAGAAACUUGACAUGUGUGUUUAGUAAUCAGCAUAUACCCGGCAUUGCCCACCCUAACUACAACCAACCAAAACCAAAACCAAAACACAACUAAAGAAAGGAAACAUUACAUAAACGCAAACACUAAUGCAAACGAUAACACAAACCCAAACCCAACCACAAACACAAAACCAACCACAAACACAAAUACAAACACAAACCCAAAGAAAAAAAACACAAACGAAAACAAAAAAGAAAGAACGAAAACGAACAAAAUCAAAACGCAAACCCAACCUAAACACAAAGAAAAUACAAACGCGAACAUAAUCGCACAUUUCUCACAGUCUAGCCCGGGGCGCCAAAUCGCACCAUGAUGGGGCGCCGGCGGAAUCGCCUGUUUCAGCUUAAUAAACGACUAUAAUACCACAACUUAUUCAUAGUCUUUUGCACUCAUUUAAACGAACGUAGGCGCCAAACCGAACACGUGAGGCCCGGGUCGCCAAGUAGCACCCUGUCUGUGCGCCAGAGGACAAUUAUAAUACUCCAAGCUUAUCCGUAAACGGAAAGAAAUAAACAUAUAGAACAUGUAGGACCUGGCUUAGUAACUGUUAUUGAUUUUGAAAAAAAUAAUUAGUAAACAGUAAGUUCAGUGUAUAGAAUAAAUAAAAGGCAGUAUUAAAAAUACCUACAACAUUUGCACUUGAUCAAUCCCCGCUAAUUAUGUAAUUAUUUUUUUCCCAACACCAAAACAAAGUAAUAAAAAGUAAAUUCUUUUCCACUAAUGCAAUGUUUUAUAAAGGGAAGUAAUUGUGUUUUCCUAAUUUAUCAAAUGGAAGUAAGUACUAAGGACUAAAUAUAAAUAAUUUUCAAACAUAAUUAGAAUUUCCGUAAAAGAUGAUAUUUUUUUAAAUUGUAUUUAAUAAACAUGCCGAGAAUUAUUACUAUCAGUUUGAAAAAUGAAAAUUAUUUCCCAACACUUUUAGUAUUAAAUUUUUAACUCAUAUAUUUAGACCAUAAGCACUU